AUGUCUUCCAGAGUCACUCGCUCUUCUGCGAGGCUCUCAGCAGCAGGUUCUUCCAGUCAGCCGCCCGCCCAACCCAACCCCAAUACCACACCUGCUCGGGCGCCGCCCACGACGCGGAAACGGAAAGCACCCGCUCGCGAGACCAGUCCGGAGCAGCCAAAGCUCCCGGAGCCUGAGCCCGCACGCGCUUCAGCUUCGAGGCGCACAAGCAAACGGGUCAAGGUUGACGCUGCGGAACCCCCCGCACCCGCCCCGUCCGCCACCUCUCGCCCGAGGAAAGGCAGCCGAGCAGAUACGGCCAUGUCCAGCGCGGGGUACAGUCCUGAUCCUCCCUCCCCAUCAAUCCAGCCCGCUGACAUGUGCAGACCAUCAUCGGGACCCUCAGAGGAAAAGACGAACCCCACAGCAACCCAGUCGUCGUCGAGGCGCAAGACCAGCCGCAAGAACCCCCAAGACCCGCCCACCUCGACCUCGCCUUCCACUCGCCGCUCCAAGAAACAAUCAGCGAAGACUGACGAGGAUGUUACAAUGAGGGAUGACGAUGACAUCGUGGAAGGACAAGAUGAGGGCGCGGACAGAGGUCGGCAUGGCAUGAGCGACGACAGCACUGGAGAGGUCGGAAUGCCUCCGCGGUACGACGAGGAUGAUGACGACGAUGAUCCGUUCGGAGGCGGCUUCCUCGGCCGUCCUGGAGGACCUUCUGGCCUGUCGCAUACGCUGCGAGCACUGAGUGGCAUGAUGUCAGGCAUGUCCUCGCGCCUGCGCAACAUCUUGGAGAACUUGAGGCAGAAAGACGACCCGUCGGUGCAGUUGAUCGCCCUGCAAGAGCUUUCCGAGAUCUUGCUUGUGUCGACCGAAGAUAACCUUGCGGGACACUUCCCGCCUGAUCAGUAUGUCAAAGAGCUUGUUUCGCUCAUGCAACCCAACGAUUUCGGUGAAGAGAAUCCGGAAAUCAUGCUCCUUGCGUGCCGUUGCAUAGCCAACCUCAUGGAAGCUCUUCCAGCUGCCACCGCCAACGUCGUUUACGGCGGCGCGGUUCCGAUCUUGUGCCAGAAGCUUCUUGAAAUUCACUUCAUCGACUUGGCCGAACAGGCCCUCAGCACACUAGAGAAGAUUUCCGUCGAAUUUCCAUCAUCGAUUGUCCGAGAGGGCGGCUUGAACGCCUGCCUCACAUAUCUCGACUUCUUCCCCACUAGCACGCAGAGGACGGCAGUGACCACGGCGGCCAAUUGCUGCCGCAAUAUUCCAGAGGAUUGCUUCCCCACCGUCCGCGAUGUCAUGCCAAUUCUCCUCAACGUACUCAAUAGCAGUGAUCAGCGCGUGGUGGAGCAGGGUUGCUACUGCGUUUCCCGCAUUGUGGAAAGUUUCAAGUACCAAGACGCCAAAUUAGAAGAGCUGGUCAGCCCUGAAUUGCUGCAGGCGAUCCUCCGUUUGCUGUUGCCGGGAACCACGAACCUCAUUGGGCAGAACAUCCACACUCUUUUCCUCCGCGUUUUGUCGAUCACCGCACGCGCCUCGCCUCGGCUCUCUGUGGAGCUCUUCAAGAUGAAGGUCGUUGAUACCCUCUAUCAGAUCCUGACGGGCGUGUCUCCGCCCGACGGCACCGAGGACAUUGCCACCAAGAUCGACAGCGUUGUCAUCAUGCAAGCUUUGAUCCACCGCCCUCGUGAGCAAGUCUUCGAGACCCUCAACGUGAUUUGCGAGCUGCUGCCCAACGUCCAGAAGGAUGGUCUUACUUAUUUGGACGACAUUUUCGAUGCUGGAUACCAUGGAGACGAGUACCUUCCCAUGUCAACUAGGUCGAGGAAGUCGCCGAAUGACAAGAGAUUGGAGCUCUUGGAUGACUGCAAGGAAGAAGUCAGGCGCUUUGCCAUCAUUCUUCUGCCCACCUUGACGGACGCCUACUCCAGCACCGUCAAUCUUAGCGUUCGACAGAAGGUCUUGACUGCUCAGUUGAAAAUGCUGUCCAACUUGGAUGCGGAUAUCCUGAAAGAGGCUCUUCGGGCCGUCCCUUAUGCUUCUUAUCUGGCAUCCAUCCUUUCGCAGCAAGACCAUCCGUCAUUGGUCACCUUCGCUCUGCAGGCCGCGGAACUUCUCUUGAAGCGCCUCGAGUCCAUCUAUCGUUAUCAGUUCUACCGCGAAGGUGUGAUUUCGGAAAUUUCACGUCUGGCCGACCGGCCUACGAAGGACUUGGAAAAGCAGAAGCCUACCAAGCCCGCUCUGGAUGCGGAGCCUUAUGGUUCUUCCAGCAAAGCCAGUAGUGAUGCCGGCGACGAAGACGUCGAUCGUGAAAUGGAUGAUGGCCCGGAGGAUGAGAUGCAUUCGGACGAAGAUGAAGAAAACGAGCACGAUGACCACCAUGACGAUGAGGACGAUGAUGACGACUCAAACUCGUCUUCCUCAUCCGGCGAACGUUAUGAUCGGGCACCUAUGCCUAACGUCGACGACAUCAUCACGCUGCGUGCCAAGAAAUUCAUGGAAGUCCAUGAGACUGACCAGGGCAAAGAAAUGCGUGAAAAGGCUUUGGCCAUCCUAGAAGAUCUUAAGUCUUUGGCUCAGGAGAUCAAAACCUGCUACUCCGGCACCGUCUGCAACACGGGCGACGAGCUCUUCGUCCGUCUAGCCGAGUACUUCGAUGGAGACGCUCUCGAAAGCAUCACGAGCUAUGAGCUUCUGACGUCGGGAAUUGUUGAUGUGCUUCUCGAGCUUUUCGCCGACUCCAACGUGUCCAGCAAGUUGGAGGCAAGAACCGCGUUUCUCGAGGCUUUCAUGGGCACUACCAACCAGAGCAAGCAAAAAACUGCAAGCAUUGCCUCUCCCGUCACACCUUUCAGCAUUCUCGUGAGCAAGCUUCAGGAUUUGCUCAGUCGCGCGGAACACUUUGAGGUCAUCACGGUUCAUCAAAACACAUUUGACAGCAACCGCAGCUCCGCUGCAUCCAUGCUCGCUAAGCAGCUCAGGUUGAAACUGGUUGCUGAUGAGGAUUCUGGCAUCCCUCGAGCAUACAGGAACAUCAUGGUCUCCAUUCACGCCAUUGCCACUUUCAAGGCGCUAGACGACUAUCUGCGGCCUCGCAUUGCUCUUGCCGAACGGCCUAGGCCCUCUGGCAGGGCCCGUGAUGGAGUUUCUGGUGCAAUUGCAGCAUACGCUGCGGCUAUUGCGGGUCGUAGCGCUGGUCUUGGAGGCCGAGAUGUCCCAUCUACACCGCCUUUGCCGGCCCCAACAGAUACCACGAACCGCACUUCCGCAUCGAAGAGGACCACGAGGUCUAAGGCGGCAGCAGGGUCAAGCACGAACCCCGAGGCUAGCACGCCGCCGGCCAAGCAGUCUGGUUCUGCUCCUAGGCGCUCCAGCCGGAAGCGUCAAGAUCAGACCAACCCGCCGCCCCCGCCGCCCCCGCCUGCUCCAUCCUCACUCGAUGAUAUCAGAGAUCCUCUCGAAUGCGCUGACGAAGCCCAGCUGUCUGAUGAAGACGACUUGGGUGACGGAGAUGGGUUGGACGCGAUCGUUGACGACCUUGAGGAUGAGAUGGAUGAGGAUCUACCUGAUCCGUCUGCAGUCAGCGUAGAGGUUGCUUCGAAUGGUAGGGCUACAGCACACAAGGAUGAUGGUACCAGGGUUGCGACGCCUUUGGGUGGUUCCACGCCAUCCUCAGCACGCGCGGCCCAGGCCGAUCGUUCUCUUGCAGAGAGGAUGGCCACCGAACAACUUGCCAGCCUUGCGUAUUCACGCAACCUGCUUGGCGGAACCCCCACUUCUUCGAGGCCCAUGUCAUAUGCUGCUGCUAUCCAGGCUGUCCCUCAAGACUGGCACAUUGAGUUCUGCGUCAACGAUCAACCUAUCUCGAACGAGACCACAAUCUACCGUGCCGUUCACAUGAGCCAGACUGACGGAGCUGACGCUUCUCGCAAUAUUUGGUCUCCGACGCACACGAUCAAGUUCAAGAAGGCGACUGGACCACCUCCUGCAGAGUCCAGCGGACUGACUCCUCCUCCGGAAACAGCAUCCGAUGCGAACGGGGUUCCCCACUCAUUGAACAAGAACCCGACGACAUCAUCCAUCUUGCGCCUGCUCAGCAUUCUCCAUGAGCUGAACGCCAACCUUGACGAUGUUCUUUCCGAGAAGAAGGACACUAUCAAGGUCAACGCCGAGCCGUUGUCCCAAUUCGUGAACACCAAGCUCACUGCGAAGCUGAACCGACAGCUUGAGGAGCCUCUCAUAGUGGCUAGCAACUGCCUUCCUAACUGGAGCGAGGAUCUGGCUAGGCUCCAUCCGUUCUUGUUCCCAUUCGAGACGCGCCAUCUCUUUCUUCAGUCGACUUCGUUCGGCUAUUCUAGGUCUAUGGCAAGGUGGCAGAACGCGCAAUCCACCACUGACUCCCGCCACGACCGUCACCGCGAUGAGAGGCCUUUCUUGGGCAGGGUCCAACGCCAGAAGGUGCGCAUUUCGCGCACCAAGAUUCUUGAGUCGGCCAUCAAGGUCAUGGAGCUCUACGGUUCUUCACCCAGCGUCCUCGAGGUCGAGUACUUUGAGGAAGUCGGAACCGGUCUUGGGCCGACGUUGGAGUUCUAUUCUACGGUUUCGAAGGAGUUCUCCAAGAAGAAGCUCAAACUUUGGCGGGAGAACGAGUCACCUGAAAAAGACGAGUUUGCGUUCGGCAAGCGUGGACUCUUCCCUGCCCCAAUCAGUGCGGAGCAAGCGGAGACCGAGGACGGCAAGAAGGUACUUCACCUCUUCAAGAUUCUCGGCAAGUUUGUUGCCCGCUCUAUGCUCGACUCGCGCAUCAUUGACGUGUCCUUCAAUCCUACCUUCUUCCGCAUUGGAGACAACACGGCCGUUAAGCCGUCUCUGGGCGCCGUCAAGACUGUCGAUGCCGACCUUGCCCGGGCACUUGUCUUGCUGAAGAAAUUCGCCAAGGAGAAGAAGAGGAUCGACGAGGACCCCAACAUGACACCCGCUCUGAAGGUCUCGGCAAUCGAAGCAAUCGAAGUCGAUGGUGCUCAUGUGGAAGACCUAGGCCUUGACUUUACUCUUCCCGGCUAUCCCAACAUAGAGCUUGUGCAAGAUGGAGCGAACACGUCCGUCACUAUCGAAAACGUCGCUCUAUACGUCGAGAAGGUUUUGGACAUUACCUUGGGAAGCGGCGUACAGAAGCAGGUGGACGCAUUCCGCACAGGCUUCUCUCAGGUCUUCCCCUACUCGGCGUUGCGGGCGUUCACCUCGGAUGAGCUCGUGAUGCUCUUCGGUCGCACGGAUGAAGACUGGACCUUGGAAACACUUAUGGACUCGAUCAAGGCCGACCAUGGUUACAACCUCGACAGCAAGAGCGUCCGAAACUUGCUGCAAGUCAUGAGUGAGCUCACCGCAUCUCAGCGCCGUGACUUCCUUCAGUUCGUCACUGGCAGCCCCAAGCUGCCCAUUGGUGGCUUCAAGUCCCUCACGCCGAUGUUUACGGUGGUGUGCAAGCCAAGCGAGCCUCCGUACACGUCGGACGACUACCUUCCUAGCGUCAUGACUUGCGUCAACUAUCUCAAGAUGCCGGAUUACAGCAGCCUUGAUACGCUCAAGGAGAAACUCUUUGUGGCAAUCAAGGAAGGUCAGGGCGCAUUCCACCUUUCUUAG